AAGAAAAAACUCGCAAUAAACAAGUAGCAUAAAGUGGAAGCUGGUGGCGGUAGCCAUCCCAACCGGGAGAGCACUUCGAAUCGCAAAUCGCAGUUCGCAGCAUUCAGUCUGAGUGCGAAUCUUACCCUUGCGCGUCGCUCCAAGGAACCGUUAGCUCCUUAAAUAAUCGAUAAAUGCGGGUCUAAGUAUUAAGUAACAAGUAUCUCAAGGAAGAUCCUCCAAGAAAAGCCAUUUCUACGCAAUGUCAGUUAUUGGAAAGCCCGUCCUGUACUCGUACUGGAGGAGUUCUUGUUCAUGGAGAGUACGAAUUGCUCUGAAUCUAAAGGAGAUUCCAUAUGACAUAAAACCUGUCUCACUAAUUAAGUCUGGUGGUGAACAACACUGCAAUGAGUAUCGAGAUGUCAAUCCCAUGGAGCAGGUUCCAGCUUUGCACAUUGAUGGCAACACUCUGGUGGAGUCACUAAAUAUUCUCCAUUAUCUUGAAGAGACCAGACCACAGAGAAGUCUAAUGCCUCAUGAUGUCAUUAAAAGAGCCAAAGUUAGGGAGUUGUGUGAAGUCAUAGCAUCUGGAAUUCAACCUCUACAGAACUUAAUAGUAUUGAUACAUGUUGGUGAGGAGAAGAAAAAUGAAUGGGCUCAACAUUGGAUCACAAGAGGUUUUAGGGCAGUGGAAAAACUAUUGUCAUCCAGUGCAGGAAAAUAUUGUGUUGGUGAUGAAAUUACCUUAGCUGACUGCUGCCUCAUUCCACAAGUAUUCAAUGCACGUCGAUUUCAUGUCGAUCUGCGACCAUUUCCUAUAAUUCUGCGAAUUGACAGGGAACUCGAGAAUCAUCCGGCAUUCAGAGCGGCACAUCCCAGUAAUCAACCGGACUGUCCGCCGGAGGCGCCAAAAUAAUUUAAAAUUAUACGAGUCGCCAUUUUGUUUACAUUCCAAGAGAAUAAAUGAAUACAUAGUUUGUAAGUCAAAUAAUGAAUACCUAAAGUUAUAGUACAAACGCGUUGCUUUUCUUUCUGCUUUAAUGAAUUUAUUUUGCGCAAUAUUGAUUACCAAUGGAUUUGGUUUCGUUUGAGAUUUAUUUUUUUACGCUUAUGGCUUUGUUAUUUUUCUUUGUUGCUUGUUUUAAAUUUUGACAAUAAUUGCAAUGCUUUUAUUUUAUUGUAAUUUUUUAUAGAAAAUUUAUCAAAUUCUAGCCGCUUAAAGUUGUAAAUUUUUGAUAAAAAUGUGUAGAUGAUAUGCUUUGUUCUUUUACAUAAAAUAAACGUUUUUAUUUAUA